UAAUUUACUAUAUCUAUAGUAAUGACCACUAAUAGUAUAGAGUAGAGUCUAGAAUAGUCUAGAUAUAGAGAAUCUAUUCAGUCUAAUUAAUCUAAUCUAGACUGUGAGUGUGACUUACUUCUUAGUCCAGUGUGCUACUUUAAAAUAUUGAGUGCUGAUCAUGGAUAAAGUGUUCUCUUGGUUCAAUGUAAAACAUACAAAAGCUGAUCAAGAAAUAGAACAGAAACAAAUAGAUAAUGAACCAGGAGAAAAUGUUUCUCAAGUAUAUCCUAGUGAUCCCAAAGUAGACGAGUUUUUUAAAGAUUUCCCAUCUCCAUAUAGGGAAAAAGUGGUUCAGUAUUAUAGCAAGCGAGAAGGUUUAUUACAAUUUGAUUUUUACAGGAAAAUUGCAAUGCAAAAUGAAAAGAGCUUGGCAGCAAGGGGUGUAUUUCUAGAAGAUCAACGACAGCUUAGGAAAUCUCAAAGGGAGGAGGAGGAAAAGGAAGAAGUAGUUGAGGUGGUGAGUGAGAGAAUAAUAUCUGAUUGGGAGAAGAAGCUAAUGGUUUACAUCCCUUUACAACAAGGAGAUACAGUCACUUCUAAAUUAUUGGAAACUGUGAAUUUAUCUUUAAUAGGAAUAACACUGAUGUGGACAGCUUUAUCUAGCAGAAAGAAAUAUUCUUCUCCAGUAUUCUGCACCAUGGUCCUAAUAGGUUCAUGUGGUUUUAUUAGUUCAAAUAUCCUUGCAGUUCAAAGAUUUUUGGACAUGGGUGUAUUUGACAAGCGAACAGAUAAACGAAGUAUGAUUGACAAGUCUCUGGAUGAAGUCAAAGAUGUUGCACAAAUUGUACAGAAUUACUUGCUUGAUGUCUCAGCAGAGAGUAAAAGAAAAUGAACCGUACUAUGUGAUGAAAGAAUAUUUAUGUUAUUGUUUAUGUAUUAAUAAACUAUUCAAAAUUGUUGACUUGAA